CGCGGAGUCCAGGCCAUCUGGCACACCGGUGAAAGUGCUUCAGUUGCGUUUUUGAACACUUCUCAUCGAUUCUCGACAGUGCUUUAAGUAAGCACUGCGUCCGCCAUCGCUGUGGCAUUGCUCAAGGCAGCUGUGGGCUCCUCUGCAGUAUCCUGAAAACACGAGAUGCCGCUGCGUAACCGCCGCCCCGCCAAAGCCCCACCAGCUGCAACGCCGCAGCCGUCACAGCUCUUCUCACAAGCAGAGCAGCCGUCGCACCAAGCAGGCGCGUGGGAUUUGCUCUUCGCCGGCGCAGCGGUGGCGCACUGCCUCGCCUGCCCCUUCACGAAGGUCGAGGAGUCGUUCAACACGCAAGCGGCCCACGACGCGCUCUUCGUACCCGACGUCGACGAAUGGGACCACCACACCUACCCCGGGACGGUGCCGCGGACGUUCCUGGGCGCGUUGGGUAUCGCAUUCCUCUACGGCGUCGUAGCUACGUUUUUGAGGCCAAUAGCUAGAGCGUGCCCCGGCACGAGUGCGGCCGUCUUGCGGUACGUCGUGGGCUCGCGCGCGCCACCACCAAACGCCCCGAGGCUCGCGGCACAAGUAGGCUGCCGCCUCGUCCUCGCGGUCGUGACCGCGGCCGCGUUCGCGCGAUUCUCGAGGGCCGCAGGUCGAGCCUUCGGGUCCACUGCGAGGCGCCUCCUCUGCGUGCUCGCCGCGGUCCAGUUCCACGGCCCGUUCUACGCGUCGCGCUUCCUGCCGAACUCGCUCGCGCUGCCUCUCGUAUUGUGGGCGUAUGGCGCGGCCUUGGACGGUCACAGAGGUACGGCGCUGGGCCUCCUCGGCGCGGUCGUGGCGUCGAUCCGGUGCGACGUCGCUGCUGUAGCCCUCCCGCUCGGCGUGGCGUGGUGCUUUAUCGAGAGGAGCUGUCCGUUACCGAAGGGCGCGUUGUGCACGAUGCUCGGCGUAGGUCUGGCGGUAGCCUUGUCGGUGGUCGUGGAUUCCAAGCUGUGGCGGCGUACGGUCUGGCCCGAGGGCGAGGUUUUGCUAUUUAACAACCCCGUGGAAGAUCGGAGCGCCGCGUGGGGCACGUCUCCUCCGUUAUGGUAUGCGACGUCGGCCCUGCCGCGAGCCCUGGGCUUCGCUUUGCCGCUUUCUGUGGUCGGCGCGCUGCUCGAAGGAGAAUGUCGGCCGUGGUUCGUCUCGGCUUUGGCUUCAGUCGUGUUAUUGAGCUUUAUCCCCCAUAAAGAACUCCGUUUCGUGUUCCCGGCCUUGCCACUGCUCAACCUCUGCGCGGCCGUUGCUUGUGAGCGGCUCUGGAGGUCGCGAGUAUUGAGGAUAGCGGUCCUCGGCGUCGUCGCGGCGACCGCGGCGGCGACUCUCAUAAUCUUCGCGCCCGCGUCACGAAACAACUACCCCGGCGGCGUGGCAUUACGCCUCUUGCACGACGACUAUGGCUAUGCGCUCCCGGGGCCGGCGCGGGUCCACCUCGACGACCUCGCUUGCACGACCGGCGCCUCGCGCUUCGGCGAGGAGCUGGUCCACGCGGGUUGGAUCUACGACAAGCGCGACGGGCUGCUUGAUUUCGACGAGUUCGACUUUCGGCUCGCGGAGCUGCCUGUGGAAGACGAUGCUUUUGACGUGGUCGCGACGGUCGAGGCGUUUUCCGGACUGAAGAUCGAUCUUAAAAAAUUCCCGUUCCUCCACGCGACGACGGCGCCGCGUCUCGCGAUCCUGCGGCACGCGCGGUUGAGGUAGUGCUGACGCCAUCGACGCGACAACUGUUGUUUGUU